CAUUAAAAUAAUGGAAUAACAAUGGAAAAUUGAAAUUUGUGGAAAAUGGAAAUGGGAUGGGUUUGCUGUUUGAGCAAGUUGUAAAUAGUUUUAUGUUGUUAUUGUAUUACCACUUACAAUAAUAAUCGUUCAGUCGAGAAAUGGAUUGAAAAUGAGGAAUAGAACUUCGAGCAGUUGUGGUAAUUCGGAAUGACAAAUUAUUAUUCACUUGAUCAGGAAGUACCGAGCUCUGUUCUAUUUUGAAAAAGUAGGUCAAGUAAUAAAAUGAACGAUGUUACAGGUCUUGAAAGAGUUGAAAUUACUGGCGUUUACAUGUCCAGUUCAGACUAAAUCUUUGAAAUGACCUCUAGACCUGGCUCUGGAUCAAAACUCCCACCAGGGCACAGGCGAUCUGAGUCCAGUGGCCACAACCGCCACAGCUCCGGAAAUUUUCCUCAAAAAAAAUCCGAUUCUGGUCAAAGCAUCAAUUCUGACCAACAGAAGCAUGGCCACUAUAGGUCCAAAUCUGGGGUUACAGAGAGGGAGGUUGAAAAAGGGUCCAAUGCCUCCAGAUCGUCUCUGAGACUGGAUUUCCGGCCGGCCGAUGUCUGCCCCCCGACGCAUCCCGCUAGGCCGACCUCGCUGCACCCGCUGCGCUCCAACGACAGCGGCAUCAUCGGCGGAGGGCAGGAGGCUGGGCGGCCGGAGCGCGAGCCUCUGCGCUUCGAGGUAGCGCCGCUGGAGGGGGCGCCGCCCGAGGUGGAGCAGCUCGUCGACAACAUCAGGAGGGUGGCCGAGCAGUUCUUGUACCACUGGAAGACGUUCCCGUUGGUUCUACCUAGUCCAGUAUCGCACAGCGAUCUCUUCAUAACGUCGCAGCUGUCGGACGGCUCUCUGGGCCGAUCGAAGUUGAAAUAUCAUUUGCGCGAUCUCUUCAUCGCGCCCUCUUUCGACGAACUGGACGCAGUCGCUGUCGACAGCAAGGGGGAGCCCAGGAAGCUGACGGGAAAGCAGUUGGAGUAUAUCAGAGAAAGGGGCAUUUUCGAGGUUGAGUCCCUGAACUUUCCCGGCCAGCAGCACCGCUGGAAGCUGUCGCAGCUCCUGCAGAAGGGCAUCCACAACAGCCACGAGUCCCUGCUGAACGACAUGGCGUUGGCGUUGCGCUUCAUAGUAGUCACGGCCAAGGGCAGGUUGAUCUCGCAUUUCUUCAGCGUGUCGCAGGCUGCCAAGGCGCUAGUCGCGGGUCUGUUGCGCGUCUUGGAUGUCGUCAUUGGCGUGCCGAGUUUGCAGGCUCACAAUUUGGACGCGAAGAUACGGGAGGAGCGGAACAAGUAUCUGGUCGCCGAGCUGGUUUGCCGGCCAGAAAACGAGGACUCCCUCGACAUCCUCUGCUCGUACAUCCGCAAGCAGCUGUGGCGGGCGGCCACCGAGAAGUUCGAGGUGGCCAGAGAGUGUUCGCAGCCGCCCGUAUCGCUGCCCUACAAGUUCCUCACGCCCUCGGGCUGCGAGCUGGAUUUGAGGUUAUGGGACAGGGGGCUGAUGCGGAAGGCGCUGCCCGUGCUGGUCGCCAUCCUGGAGCGGGAGACCAGAGGGUGGUUCCUGCAUUUCCGGGAGAGACUGAUCGCCGAGUUGCGUACUCAGAAGAUGCCCGAUCAGGAUAUAGAAAAGGAAGUGAAUGAAGCUGUAAUGAAGGAGUAUCUUCAAAGGGUAUAUAAUGGCAUUUUAUCGCAUCCUGAUAUAAUGGCUCUCGGUGAAGGCGUUGCUCAAUUACUGGUGCAGCAAGCUCAAAGCGUUGUUUUAAUGCAUAGAGCCGUGGAGAACGUCCAGCACAGGCUGUCGAAGACCCAAGAGGAGGUGAGAACGCGCCUGUGCAACGUGCACCCCGUCCUGUCGCGGAUCGGGCCGUGGCUGCGGUCUCGACUGAAGGCGGCCGAGCACAAAUUCGGCCAGGAGAACCAAUGGAGCGCGCACGAAGAGGCGUUGAUGUUGUGCAACUCGCAGCGACUCUCGCAGACCGUCUACUUUCUCAACAGGGACUUGUCGUUCAUGAAGGAGCGCGAGCCGGCGUUGCUGCGCGAGCUGCGCAAAGACGAGAUGCCGACGCGCAGCUUCCUGUGGCCCACGCAGAUCUGGCUGCCGGCCAAUUGGGUGGUGCGCAGGAACUUCCAGGGCCAGUCGGAGGUGGUGGCAACGGUGUUGAGCCAGCAGGCCACCAGCAUCACCACGCCGAGGUCGGAUCCUAGUCAACCGGUGUUCCUCGUCGAGAAAGAAACCAUCCGCACGACGACCACCCGAUGGCCCCUCUGGCGCCUCUUCAACUACUUCCAUCGCACGUGGUGCUGGACGUGGAACGCCAUGUUCUUCUUCGGCGUCGUGCUGCCGUGGUGUUCACCGGUGGGGCUGCGCGCGCUCCUCCGUCUCGAGCCGUUCAUGCCCGACCUCGAGCUGUCGCAGGUCAACGGGACGCUGUUCCCGAGGAAAAGUAGUUUGACGCCGACGCUGAUGUCGCGGCUGUUGAGCUUGUGGCGGCACAUCUCGAAGUCGCGGACGCAUUUCGAGACCAAGCCGGAUACGGGGUUCAUCGGCAAAGGUUUCACGCGCCACAUCAACCGCAUCUGGAACUACUUCGUCAAAGGCCUCUUCGGCACCCUCCUUCUCGCCCUGCUCUUCCCCCUCGUCUGUCUAGUCGCCGUCUCCGUCAGCCUACUGGUCGCCCUUACGGCUGUCCUCUGGAUGCCGCUGCUCACGCUCCUCGUCCAGCUGGCCAACGCGUUGGUCUACGACCUGGACAGCCCCGAGCAGCGGCGCAACCGCUUCUUCGUGCUGGGCGAGGCGCUCGGGUGGAAUAUCGUGGUGCAGGGCUGCGUGCAGCCGGUGGUGGCGCUGUUUGUGGCGGUAGUGGUGUGUCCGGUGGUGGCGGUCGUCAUUUUGGCAGGCGGUAUCGCUCGGUACUGGUUCCGUCUGCUGUGGGACGCCGCCAUCUUCCGGCUGAUCAUCGAAAAGCGCGGCCGCGUGCCGGCCAGCGACAGCUUCGUGGUGCGUCGCGUCGCCGGGCCCGGCAUGGCCUCGGACUACUACUUCCAGAUCGGCGCCGAGCAGGCGCUGGCCGCCUUCGAGGCCAAGAUGGAGUGGGACGAGCUGGCCGCCUACCAGACGGUGGUCGAGAACACGAUCGCGCAGCCGCAGAAGGAUUUCAGCCACUUCGUGGAAGCGUGCUUCGGCAGCUUCUCGACGCAGCUGUCGAAGAACGGAGGCCCCUACAAAUCGUUGGACAAGGAGGCCCAGGAUCUGAUGGCUAACCUGCACGAGAAGUUGGAGCGAAGGAGGAGAGAUCUGCAGACUGGGCUGAGCGUUACGGUGAAGAGCAAAGUGAAACUGAGCAUGCCAGAACUGAAGAUCGCCAUCCAGCAAGGCGCCAUGAUGCUGGAGCGCUUCUACCCGACGCACGUCUUCCCGAAGCUGGGCCGUACCGAGGACCAGUUCUGGGACGGCAAAGCGCUCACGCCCGGCGACUGGGCGGGCCUGGCGGGGCUGCUCUACUCGGAGCUGUUCAGCCUCGACGUGCUCACGCCGCUGGAUCGCUGCGACACCAGCUUCCGGCUGGAUCCGCACCCGCAGGCGGAUCUGUCGCGGUACACGGAGAUGGUGCAGUGUGCGCAGCUGGGUGCAGGUGGUCCAGAUUUGUUGGGGAAUGUAUACACUCCAAGGGGAAAUAUCCAGGUGCAUUCGCCGUAUUUGGAUGUAUCUGCAUUCAAUCCUAGAUCGAAAUCAUCUCCUACUGGAAAGAAAACCGACAAGAACGAAGACGUGUCUGCCAUGCCGGGAUCUCUGAAGAGAAGCACAAAAACCAUCCUGUGGAUGCCAUGGAAGAAGCACAGCCGUCCAUAUUCGCCCGAUAAAAUGGUGAUACCGCUUCCUAUACCCCAUCCCGCUCACAUUGCUGUCACCGUUAACAAUAGAGAUUCGGACGAUCCUAUUCCCCUAGAGUCUGAUAUUUGCCAGAGCAUAUUGAGGGGGAUCGAAGAGAGUCAUGCUUCUCCAGACGAUAGUGGCAUCGGCAGGUUCAAAGGCGGCCCCGACUCCCUCGACACGCCCAGCUCGAGCUCCGACGACCCGCCCGACAGCCCGCGCCCCGCCCCCUCCGCUACAGGUGGGCGGAGCUCUGCAGACGGAACCGCCCACCGCUGGACGCUGAGCAACUGGGGCCAGCGCAAGCGCACCGACUCGGGAAGCGUGCGCGUGGAUCUGGCUAGCCCGGAGGACGUCACGUUGGACAGCGACAGCACCAGGGUGGUGUUCUGCACGUACGGUACGACGGUGUGAUGGGGUGAAGACUGAUCGGCUGGCGGAAUUGAUUGACUAUGUUUGGUCUCUCCAUCCACCUUUACACUUGAAUGUUCCGUUGAAAGAGUUAUUAAAAAGUUUUGAAAGAAACAAUGCGGAAUGAGGGACUUCGUUCAAAAAUGCCAACCUAAAAACCUCUACCAAUGUAGAAGCAAUAUUAUGCAAGUUUGAUUUCUCAAAUAGCUUCAUUUUUAUGAAAUCUGAUCGUAGGAGUCUACUCAGAUCUCUAAUGGAAGUUAUUCAGAAGAAAAAUGAGUUUUUGUGAACUUCAAAUCUGACCGGUUGAAAAUCAUGUUGGAUCUGCGGUACGUCAAUAGUAAAUACUGAAAUGUCAAUAUUUUCAAUAGUGUCAGUAAAAUCACGAGUAAAAAACGGUAUAUCAAUGAAUCACUAAAUCGGUAAGUUCGAAUUACGUUCGAACUUCGAAUAAUGAAUGAUCAAGAAACUCUCAUGAGAAACCUGCAAAACUAUAAUAAACUGGAUGUGAGGGUUCCAAAGUUAUCUGGUCUAGGGCUACUCUCGAUUCAUCGUAAUGGUAAUCAACAUAACAAUGUUAUUAGGUCUUCAUAUCUAUGGUUAUUCAUUUAUAUUUCCCCACUACCCAUAAUAUCUCAUGCUAUAAUAAAUAUUGAGAUGUUCGAAUACUCUUGUGAUUCCAGCUAGAGUUAAACAAACUGUGUCUAAUUAUUCGAAUAAAGGUAAGUAUAUUAUUUUGAUAUUGUUAUAUUCCGAGAUUUGUGAUAUGUAUCUCUAUUAUUCGAAACUAUGACCAGUUUUUAUCCAAGGUGAUCCGUGUAAGCUCUGAGAGUAUUUAUUGAAUGAUUUCUUCUCCCUAUUGUUAUUUUUUUACUAGGAAAAUGCUUAUUAUUACAUAGGUAUG